AUGAACCUUGCAUGCGAGGAAGGCCAGCUUACCGGCGAGUCGAUCCCCGUCGAGAAGAUCUACGAAAACAACAUCACUGUUCCCGAUUCUGAGAAGCUCGCCACGAGCGAAGAGGAGAUUGGUAUCGGCGACCGAGUCAACAUGGCCUAUGCCACUACUGUUGUCCGAAAGGGCCGCGGAAGAGGUAUUGUCACUGCUACCGGCAUGCUCACAGAGGUUGGCAAGAUUGCCGCCUCUACCUCCAAGAAGCAGCGCAAGGCCGGCAGAUCCAUGAACUGGAAGAAGUACGGCAAGAGACAGCCUGUUGUCGGACUCGCCAAGCGCACGUACGACAUUCUCGGCAAGUUCCUUGGCCUGACUGAAGGCACUCCUCUUCAGCGAAAGCUGUCUGGUUUGGCCUAUGUCCUCUUCUUUGUUGCCAUUAUCCUGGCCAUGGUCGUAUUCGGAGUCAACAAAUUCAAGCUCCAGAACGAAGUCAUCAUCUACGCCACUUCCCUUGGUAUCGCCAUCAUUCCCGAAUCCCUUGUUGCCGUUCUCACCAUCACCAUGGUCGUCGCCGUCACUGUAAUGCGCAAGGCCAACGUUGUCGUGCGAGACCUCUCUGCUCUUGAAGCCCUUGGCGGCGUGACCAACAUUUGCUCCGACAAGACUGGUACUUUGACCGAAGGCGCCAUGAUUGUUCGCAAGACAUGGAUCCCCGGAAACCACCUGUACACAGUCCACGACUCUCAGAACCCCAGCGAUCCCACCAAGGGUCGUGUCACAUACUCCCACAACAAGGACGAGACUGAUGCCGAGAUGGCUGCUCCCAAGCGAGAUUUCGACCGCGAGCGCAGUGCCGCUGUCCUCAAGUUCGAUGUCCCUGAUGAGAAGCUCAACCCCAAGCCAAAGGAGCCCCAACCCGAAUCUGCUCCUGAGAUGACCGACGCUCUCCGUGCAUUCCUCCUUUCCUCUGCCCUGUGCAACCUUGCUACUGUCCGCUACGACAAGGAAGAAGAGAAGUGGCAGACAACCGGUGAACCCACCGAGAUUGCUCUCCAGGUCUUUUCCCACCGCUUCAGCUACGGCAAGAAGUCCUUGGAAAGCGCUGGCUGGAAGCAGCUGGCCGAGUUCCCGUUCGACAGCUCCAUCAAGCGCAUGUCCGUCAUUUACGAUGCUCCCGCCGAGGAAAGCGGUUCUAUCAUUGAAACUUCCAGCAGCAUGGUUUUCACCAAGGGUGCUGUUGAGCGUAUCCUUGACCUUUGCUCUCAUGUCGGCACUGGCAGCGACCAGCAGCCCAUCACCGAUGAACUCAAGGAAUCCGUCCUUGGGCAGAUGAACUCGCUUGCCUCUCAGGGCCAGCGCGUGCUUGCCAUUGCGUACCGCCCCUGGGAUGGUCGUUUCACCGCUAAGCAGUCCUCGUCUGCUGCCGAGGAUGAGCAGCUUCGCAGCGUCGUCGAAAAGGACUUGAUCCUGCUCGGCCUCGCUGGAAUCUACGACCCUCCUCGCCGCGAGACCAAGGACUCCAUUCGCGAAUGCUCCCAGGCCGGUAUCAAGGUCCACAUGUUGACCGGCGAUCACCCUGAGACAGCAAAGGCCAUUGCCAAGGAAGUCGGCAUCAUCCCCAAGAACCUCGGGAUCCUGCCCGACGACAUUGCCAAGUCCAUUGUUGUCAAGGCUACGGAGUUUGACAAGAUGACCGACGCAGAGAUUGACGCUCUGGAAGAACUUCCUCUGGUUAUUGCUCGCUGCGCUCCCGACACCAAGACGCGCAUGAUUGAAGCCCUCCGUCGCCGCGGCGCCUUCAUGGCCAUGACUGGUGACGGUGUCAAUGACGCUCCAUCUCUGUCUCGUGCCGAUGUAGGCAUCGCCAUGGGCUCCGGCUCCGACGUUGCCAAGUCCGCGGCCAAGAUUGUCCUAACAGACGACAAGUUCAACUCAAUCGUCUCGGCUAUCCGCGAAGGUCGCCGCAUGUUUGACAACAUUCAAAAGUUUGUUCUUCACCUGCUGACAUCCAACGUUGGUGAGGUCAUCCUCCUGGUUGCUGGUCUCGCAUUCAUCGACGAUGCUGGUCUCUCUGUCUUCCCUAUUUCCCCGCUGCAAAUCAUCUGGAUCAACAUGGUUACCUCGUCCUUCCCUGCCUUUGGCCUGGGUCGUGAGGCCGCUGCACCAGACGUGAUGCGCAAGCCGCCCCAAGACAAGAAGCGCGGUGUAUUUACCAACCAGAUCAUCGUGGACAUGAUUGUUUACGGUAUCAUUAUGGGCGCUUGCACCAUGUGCACCUUUGUCAUCAUCAUCUACGGCGCCAAUGGCGGCAACCUUGGCAAGGACUGCAACACGCACUACUCGGAGGCGUGCGACGCCGUCUUCCGCGCCCGCGCUGCCACCUUUGCCGAGCUUACAUGGCUGAUUCUCAUCUCAGCCUGGGAGUUCAAGAGCCUGCGCCGAUCUAUCUUCCGCCUCAACGCCGACGAUGAGAGCAGCUUCCCCAUCUUCAAAGACUUGUACGCCAACCGUUUCCUCUUCUGGUCCGUCAUCAUUGGCGCCCUGUCUGUCUUCCCCGUCGUCUACAUCCCUUACCUCAACACCGACUUUUUCAAGCACACCGGCAUCACUUGGGAGUGGACCUUGUCUCUUGGCUUUACCGUUGUCUUUGUUGCCGGUAUUGAGACUUGGAAGCUGAUCAAGCGCACAUUCCACCUCCUCGAGGACCGUCCUAUCCAGCGCGGUUCAUGGGGCCAGGGAACGCCCGACGACAACGGCGUCAAGUUCCGCAAGACCAUGUCCAUGUCGAGCUUCAAGACGUGGGCGUCUUUCUCUCGCAAGGACACUGGUGACUCACUCUCCAAGUCGGGCUCUGCGCAUGAUAACAGCGCUCGCCGCGUGAUUUCUCAAGUUUAG